AAUGGGUUCACUCCCCCACCCAACCAGGACCCAGACCCUUCCCUGGUCUACCGGCCUGAUAUGGGGCCAGAGGCGGCCAAAGACAGGGGCAGCUUCCGAAACUACAUGUCCGGCCCUCUCCUGGACCGUGUCUUCACCACCUACAAGCUUAUGCACACGUGGCAGACCGUGGACUUCGUCAGGAGGAAGCAUGCCCAGUUUGGGAGCUUCUCCUAUAAGAGAAUGACUGUCAUGGAGGCUGUGGACAUGCUGGAUGCGCUGGUGGACGAGUCGGACCCCGACGUGGACUUCCCCAACUCCUUCCACGCCUUCCAGACGGCCGAGGGCAUCCGGAAGGCCCAUCCCGACAAGGACUGGUUCCACCUCGCCGGGCUCCUGCAUGACCUGGGGAAGGUCCUGGCUCUGGCAGGGGAGCCCCAGUGGGCAGUCGUUGGAGACACCUUCCCAGUUGGCUGCCGUCCCCAAAGCUCUGUGCUUUUCUGGGACUCUACCUUCCAGGACAAUCCUGACCUCCAGGACCCUCUGUACAGCACAGAGCUUGGCAUGUACCAGCCCCACUGUGGGCUCGAGAACGUCCUCAUGUCCUGGGGCCAUGACGAGUACAUGUACCAGAUGAUGAAGUUCAACAAAUUCUCCCUCCCACCGGAGGCCUUCUACAUCGUCCGGUUCCACUCCUUCUACCCGUGGCACACGGGCGGCGACUACCAGCAGCUGUGCGACGAGCAGGACUUGGCCAUGCUGCCCUGGGUGCAGGAGUUCAACAAGUUCGAUCUCUACACCAAGAGCUCUGACCUGCCAGAUGUGGACAAGCUGCGGCCCUACUACCAGGGGCUCAUUGACAAGUACUGCCCCGGUGUCCUCCACUGGUGACCGGCCUGCCCACCCUGCCCACACCCAGCUGGGUGCCCUGGGGUGACAGCCACUGUCAGGCACAGUGACGACCCACCCUGGCCUUUCUAGGGGACCCCACAUACCCACCUGCAUUCCCUGCCCCGUUGGCCCCUCUCCCU